ACAUCUUGAUAUAUCCCAGUCAAGUGAUAAGUUACGCACUUUCCGAAAUGAAAACUACACACUGGCUGAAAUUGUUAGAUGUCUACCAAAUUUGGUGUCACUGGAUAUUUCAGGAACAAACUUAGCAGGAACAGGAGUUGCUGAGACAAAGAAUGAAAGUGGAAUGGUGAGCGAUAUACCAGGUUUGAAUUCCCGUGUUCUGAACCCUCUGCAGUUCCUUGGUCUCUAUGGAACCCAACAUGGUGCGUGCAGACGUCAUGACAUCCCUGCAAAAGAGAUUUCUGGAGAUGCUAAUGAAAAACAGAUCCUCAAUGCAGCAACAGCUUAUAUAGAUCGAUCAGAAGUUUUUACAGCGAGUUUUGAAUGAUCUGUAUCACUUGUUCAGAUACGACCAUUGUGCACAGAUUUCCAAAGCUUUGAAUGUGGUACUAAAUGCAAUGGACAGACAUAUCU